AUGAAAGUAAGAUCAAGAAAUUAAUUGCGCUUACCGAAGAAUUCGGGACACAUUUAGACAGAAACCAGUCAGGAUCAGCUGCAGUCUACUAAUGACUCGCGAUUCAGAGGUGAAUUAACUUGUAGACAAACGGUCAGAGUAAGGAAUGCUUUAAAAGAAGCUCUAAUGAUCUCAAAUAUAAAAUUAGCAUUUCAGGAGGAGAUUGACAAGAUCAAGGAGGAGAUAAGACAUCCGGAAAAGCAAUAAUAGAUGAUGUAAGUUUGUAUCCUUCUAUCAUGAGUGCUGAGAUGUUGUAAUAAAACAGAGGUAUCAUCCAAAACACUCUGAUACAAUUAUAUUAAUUAUUUUUAGAACGGAAGGAUCGAGAUUAAGCGAUAAAAAUAAUCAAUGAAAUAAGCAAUUAAGUGUUGAAAUCCAAGAUUCCAGGUAUGAUCUCACACAAGUAAUUAUAGACUUGAAAAUAUUCAUCUACCUAAAAUUAGCGAAGGUAGUGUGCUAUUAUAAAUUGCUCUACUUCAGUAUAAUCUUGGCCAAAAUAGUCAAGAGGAUGUCUGACAACGAGCAUUUAUUAAAAUAUAAAUUGUUCGCCUACAAACUCUUGGGCAUCUGCUUUUUUAAAUUACGAAACCGACAAGCCAAAAUUUACUUUACCAAAUAUUUGAUGUGCAGUUGGAAAUUAAACAAGAAGGAUCACGAGUUGAAGGCUUACGAGUAUUUGGGGAAGUACUUCUUCUAAGAGGGAGACAUCGACAAGGCCACAAUCUUUCACGAGAGAAUGGUAAACGGAGCCAUUUUGGUAUCACAUUCAAAUGCUAAUUCAAGUUACCUCACUCUUCUUUGAGAGUGCUGGGCAUCAGGAAAUUGGAGCAGGGGUCAAUUGGGAAGGGCAAGAAGAAUUACGGAUUGGUAGAACAUCAUGAGAUCAAUGUAUCUAGUGAUGCGGAGGGAUUCGAAUUGAUAUUCAAUGAUGACGACACUCUUCCCAAUAAGGUUGCAAUACAAAAAAUGGACCAGUUGGUUUAGGAUGGCAAGAGGAAAAGUCUCAUCAAUCACCCAAUCAGAAAGAACAUUAUAUUCCAACAUAGGAGUCUUCAUCUUUUGGAUAGCAAAAUCAAGACUCGAAGUACAAAUCAAUUGCCAGUGAUGUUGAAUCAUCUCAGUCCCAAUCGACAAUUGGUGAACUACCAGUUUCUGGAACUGAACAAGGCCAUUCCCAAUUAUAAAUUGACUCAUAACUUGGAUCCUUAUUUUGAGAGAAAGGACGCUUAAUGCAUAGCUGAUCUUAUUAUUAAGCUGACUCGCGUUUUGGAAUAAGUUGAUGCUUGGAUUAAAUUAUGA